UAGCAAUAACAAUCGCAAUAACAAUACCAAUAGGAAUAGCAAUAGCAUCACCAGAUAAACUCCGCCCACAUGUUUCGCUCUCCAGCCGCCCCCGCUUCACCCGUCCUUGACCAUCCCUUCAUUUAUUAUUCUUUCUCGCCCCCGCGCAAAACGCCACCGGCGAAAUUGAUAUGGAUUAUUCCUCCCCACCUGCGGCCCCCCGCAAAGACGACGAGUCGACGGAGCUCGGCCUCCGCAAAGACGCCCGGGGCGACCGCGUGCGGAUUAAUCCCGCCGUAGACAUAGCUGCAGAGUCCGACGCCGAGGGGGGAAGGGCGAAGGCGAGGGCGGCGUGGGUCGCGGUGGGCGCGUGCCUGCUCCUGCUCCUGCUCGGCCUCGGAGGCGCCGCGCUGCUCGUGUGGUGGGCCCUAGCGUUUCAUCGCUCCAACCGGCAGCUGUGGAUGGUGCCGGUGAGCCUCGUGCUGCUCGGCACGCCCGUCGUCACGUGGCUCUCCGUCUUCACGUCCGCCACGUGCCGUCGGUUCGAGCUCAUGCGGAGCGUCACGGCUCAGCCGGAUGUAGAGCUCGGCAGAUGAUUGAAUUCAUUAACCAAAGGUUGGAUUGUUUUUUUUUUUUUUUUUU